CUGUAUACUAACUUUAUCCUCCAUCUCUCACCUGUACACUAACUUUACCCUCCGUCUCUCACCUUCUGUACAGCCUCACCAACAUGUCUCCUGUGUCUCCCCGUCCCUGCAGAGCAGAACAUCUGGGCUCUUUACUCCGCCCAACCAGACUCCUAGAACAUGCACAAGCAGACGUAACCCUCCGCCAAAUCGAAGACGACGAGAUCACAAAGAUCGUCAAUGAACAGGUGAAGCUCGGAUUCAAAGCCGUUACGGAUGGCGAAUACAGGCGCUCUCUGUUCUUCAGCACAUUCUUCAACAACAUCUCCGGCUUCGAAUCGGUUCCAGUUGACGUGAAAGCCCUCGGUUUGCGAGAAUACCUCCCAGACGUGCAAUCACUGUCGGCGUGGCAGUUCGCGCUCCCGACUGUGGUAUUCUGCACGGGGAAGAUAAAACAUACCGGGCAGAGUAGCACGCUUGACGAAUUCCAGUUCAUGGAGUCGAUCCUGGGAAAGGCGAAUGUUGGGGAUGUGAAAGUGACUAUUCCCGCGCCGAGCUGGUACCACUUUAGACAUAAAGAUGGCAAAGCCUAUGCGAAGGGCGUAUACAAUACCGACGACGAGUAUCUCGAUGACCUUGCUACGGCUUUCCGGACUGAGCUGGGUCUUCUUUAUAACGCCGGUCUGAGAAGGAUCCAGGUUGAUAAUCCGCAUCUUUCAUACCUCUGCUCCCCAAAGAUCAUUUCAGACUGGACCGCCGACCCAGAAAGCAUCAAAUCGCCCAACGAGCUGCUCGCGACGUACAUCGCCUGGUACAACUCCUGCUUCCGGGACGUGCCCAGCGAUAUGGAAAUCGGGAUGCAUAUCUGUCGCGGCAAUUAUAACGAGGAGCGCUUCGUUUCGUCGGGUGGGUACGACGCCAUCGCUGCGCAGCUCUUCCAGGAUCUAAACGUGAAUACGUUUUACCUGGAGUAUGACACGGAUCGGGCUGGGGGGUUUGAGCCGUUGAAGAAGUUGCCCAUGGGGAAGAAUGUAGUUCUGGGACUUGUUUCGACGAAGAGGGUUGAGAUGGAGGAUGUUGAGGUGCUGAGACAGCGGGUGUUCAAGGCUGCGGAGUUUAUUGCUCAAGGGAAUGGGGUUUCUGUGGAUGAGGCCCUGGAUAGACUGGGGGUGAGUCCGCAGUGUGGGUUUGCCAGCCAUUCGAGGGAGAAUAGACUGUCCAGGGAGAAUAUGCUAGAUAAGCUGAAGCUGGUUAGGGAUUUGGCGGAUUCUAUCUGGCCUGGUCAGGCUUGAUCUGUUGACAUUAAACAUUAAGUAUUAUCAGCUAGGUAUUCUAUAUUCUAUCCAGAUCAACAGGCCACCUCUCCCGAAUAACCUUCCCAUACCGCGUAAAAACAAUCGGAAUCGGCACAAACACCAACGCCAAAAACCCCAGCAACGAAU